AUGUCUGCAAUUGCUCCAAUUACUGGUACUUUGAAGAAAAGAAUCCUAGCUGAUAUUUUCAUCGGUUUCGCCCUUGGUGGUGCUAUGGCAAGCUACUGGUGGUGGGGUUUCCAUAAAGAUGUGAUUAACAAGCGUGAGACGUACUACGCCCAGCUAGCAGAACAAAAGAAGCUUGAAAACUAA